AUGGCUUCAACAGAUCUUCCAGUCCUGCUCGGGCAGAACUUUUCUGGCUGGGUCUUUGCAGCACUAUUAGCUACAGUGGUCAUCGUGAUCCAUCGAUUGAGCUCUCAGUCGGAAAUAACAAAGUUCCCAUUAUUGGGCAAGGAAUAUGGGAGCCGUCGCAAACGCGCAGAGGCGUUCUUAUACCAGCCCGUCAAGCUGUAUGAGGAGGGCUACCGCCGCUUCAAAACUCAAGUUUAUCGCCUUACUAUGCCUGAUGGUGAUCAUCUCAUCGUUCCGAACGCCUAUUUAGAUGAGUUGAGACAACGCUCGGAUGACGAAAUUGACGUCCUGAAAGCGUUUACAGAUACGUUCGCAAAUGAUCACAUCAAGUUGUUUCCGCCUAAGGACAGAACAGAAGUGGCCAACAGCGUUGUAAAAGUCGACUUGACUCGAAGUCUAACCCGAUUAAAUCCACGACUUUCAGCCCAAGUCGAGAAUACAAUCAAUUCAGAGAUUCCGCCGUGCAACGAAUGGACUCCACUCACUAUCUUCCCCAUCCUCCUCCGUGUUGUAGCGAUCGUCUCCGGCGAUAUCUUCGUGGGACCAGACUAUUGUCGCCAUGAGGUCUACCUGGCCUCCGCAAUCGACUUCACUAACGAUAUCACUGCUGGCGCGGCCCAGAUCAAGCGAUGGCCUAAGUUCAUGAGAUCACUUGUUGUGAAGCUCAAAUUAGCGCCAGCAGUCAACCGCGGUCAGGAGCACAGACGUCGUAUGAGGGAAUUUUUAGAGCCCAUGGUGGAGAAGAGGCGGCAGUUAAUCAAGCAGGGCCAUCCUGUUCCGGACGACCUACUGCAGUGGAUGGUUGAGAAGACAAGUGAACACGGAAUUACCGAUGUUGGUCACUUGACCGACAUGCAGCUGCUCCUGACCUUAGCUGCGAUCCACACCACGACUCUUGCCGCGACCGGCAUGCUGUACGACCUUGCCGUCCGUCCUGAAGUGGUGCAGGAUAUCCGCGCGGAGAUCGCCUCCGUUCUCAAAGAAACGAAUGGUGUCAUGACGUCUCAGGCAUUGUUUAACAUGAAGCUUCUAGACAGUUUCAUGCGCGAGAGCCAGAGGUUCAGCCCACCCUUUGUUGACUCGUUCCGCCGUUACGUCUACAAGCCGAUCACAUUAAAGGAUGGAACUCACAUUCCGGCCAGGGCAUAUAUCGAGACCCCAAGUCUGCCCGUUCUCCACGAUCCGGACCAUUAUCCAGACCCGGAGGUGUUUAAUCCCUACCGUUUCUACGACCUACGCACCAAGGACGACACGCUCGACCCGAAUGGCUUCCGCACUCGCGAGUCGUAUCAGUUCGUGAGCGUCACGAAGGAGAAUACCAGUUUUGGCUUCGGCAAGCAUGCAUGCCCAGGACGUUUCUUCGCGGCGAACGAGAUCAAGUUGAUUAUGGCGCGAAUCCUACUUCAAUUUGACGUUCGUUUCCCCGAUGGUGUGAAGGAGAGGUACCCAAAUUUCUAUUCCGGAAGUGUGAGUGGGCCGGAUCCAACUGGAGUGGUAGAGUUCAGAAGAAUUGAAGUGUGA